AUGAGCACAUUUGAGACUUUGAUGUUGAGUCAAAAAAUGGUCAUCCUCAUGUCCUUGGUGAUAAAAGCAGCAUUUGGACAGUCAUUUUCCAUCCAUCGCAAAGUAGCUGAGGAUGGAGAGACUCGUGAAGAAACACUCCUUCAGGAGUCUGCUUCAAAGGAGGCCUACUACCUGGGAAAGAUUCUGGAAAUGCAGAACGAGUUGAAGCAGAGCAGGACUGUGGUCACCAACAUUCAAGCAGAGAAUGAGAGACUCACAGCUAUUGUUCAGGAUCUGAAAGAGAACAAUGAGGUGUUAGAGCUGCAGAGAAUAAGAAUGAAGGAUGAAAUCCGAGAAUACAAAUUUCGAGAAACCCGCCUCCUUCAGGACUACACUGAAUUGGAAGAGGAAAAUAUUACUUUACAGAAGCUGGUGUCCACAUUGAAACAGAACCAGGUGGAAUAUGAAGGCUUAAAGCAUGAGAUUAAACGAUUUGAGGAAGAGAUGGUAUUGCUAAAUAGCCAGCUAGAAGAUGCCAUCCGGUUGAAAGAAAUUGCUGAGCGCCAAUUAGAAGAAGUACUGGAGACUUUAAAAAAUGAAAGAGAACAAAAGAACAACCUGAGGAAGGAACUCUCCCAGUAUAUUAAUCUCAAUGAAAGUGUGUACAAUAAUCAUAUCAAUAUCUCAGUAGAUGGACAAAAAUUUGCAGAGGAUAUGAGUGAACCAAACAACGAUGACAAAAUGAAUGGACACAUCCACGGGCCACUUGUGAAAAUGAAUGGAGAUUAUCGGACUCCAGGGAGGAAAGGAGAAACUCUACACCCAGUCUCUGACUUGUUCAGUGAGCUUAAUAUUUCAGAAAUGCAGAAACUAAAGCAGCAACUUAUGCAGGUAGAGCGAGAAAAAGCCAUUCUUCUGGCCAAUCUUCAAGAGUCCCAAACUCAGUUGGAACACACAAAGGGGGCACUGACAGAACAGCAUGAGCAGGUUCAUAAGCUCACAGAACAUGUCAAUGCCAUGAGGGGCCUGCAGAGCAACAAAGAGCUGAAGGCAGAGCUGGAUUGUGAGAAGGGCAGGGACUCAGGGGAACAAGCCCAUGACUAUGAAGUUGAUAUCAAUGGCUUAGAAAUUCUUGAAUGCAAAUAUAAGGUUGCUGUUACAGAGGUAAUUGACCUGAAGGCUGAAAUUAAGGCCUUGAAAGAGAAAUAUAAUAAGUAUGUAGAAAACUACACAGAAGAGAAAGCCAAGUAUGAGAGCAGGAUUCAAAUGUAUGAUGAGCAGGUGACAAAUUUAGAGAAAACUACAAAGGAAAGUGGUGAGAAAAUGGUCCAUAUAGAAAAGGAGUUGCAAAGAAUGACAAGUAUAGCCAAUGAAAAUCAUAAUACCCUUAACACAGCCCAAGAUGAGCUUGUGACAUUUAGUGAAGAGUUAGCUCAGCUUUACCACCAUGUAUGUCUGUGUAAUAAUGAGACUCCCAAUAGAGUCAUGUUGGACUAUUAUAGGCAAAGUAGAGUAACCCGCAGUGGAAGCUUGAAAGGACCUGAUGAUCCUAGGGGACUUCUGUCACCACGGCUUACCAGGAGGAAUAUGGUAUCACCAGUAGAAACAAGGACCCAAUCAGAAUCAGUUUUGAAAGAAAACACAGAGGCCAACAAAGAACAAAGUCCAACCAAAACACCAACAAUCUCUCCUGUCAUUACCGCCCCUCCUUCAUCCCCAGUGUCAGACACCAAUGAUAUUCGAAAAGAACCAAUGAAUAUCUACAACCUGAAUGCCAUUAUUAGGGACCAAAUCAAACAUCUACAGAAAGCAGUGGACCGGUCAUUACAAUUAUCACGUCAACGGGCAGCUGCACGAGAACUGGCACCAAUGAUAGAUAAAGACAAGGAAGGCUUGAUGGAAGAGAUUCUAAAAUUAAAGUCACUGCUGAGCACAAAACGGGAGCAGAUAGCCACCUUGAGGGCAGUUUUAAAAGCGAACAAACAGACAGCUGAGGUGGCACUAGCUAACCUGAAGAAUAAAUAUGAAAAUGAAAAAACAAUGGUGACUGAGACCAUGACGAAACUUAGAAAUGAAUUGAAGGCCUUAAAAGAAGAUGCAGCAACUUUCUCAUCCUUGCGUGCCAUGUUUGCAACCAGAUGUGACGAAUAUGUUACCCAGUUGGAUGAGAUGCAAAGACAAUUAGCAGCUGCGGAGGAUGAGAAGAAGACACUAAAUUCACUCUUACGGAUGGCCAUCCAGCAAAAACUCGCCUUGACUCAGCGACUGGAGGAUUUAGAGUUUGACCAUGAGCAGUCCCGAAGAAGCAAAGGCAAGCUUGGAAAGAACAAGAUCGGCAGCCCUAAAUUUCUUAUAGAUUGUCAGCAGCCUGCUGCCUCCAUAUCGCCACAAUGCUCACAACUAGCCAGGAGGCAAGACUGCCAGACUGUCAGUCCUAAUGUCAUUCUCCCAGAAGAGCAGCCGCAUUCCAGCUCUCAGUGUGCCCCUCUCAACUGCCUUUCUCAGCCUCCAUAUCCCUAGUCUUCAUCUUCAACAGAAGAAAAAAUUUGUACAACUAUUAUGCAGACUACUCCCCAAGAUCCAGCAGGCAUUUCUGCCUAGUUGGUAACAUGAAUAAAACUUGAUUUAUUUCCACACUACUGGAAAUCAAGAGAAGAUUGAGAAGUACAUCACAAGCACAGAGGCCAGUCUGACAGGACACUUGAUGGUUUCUCUGAUCACAUACAAACUUAGAUAAGGAAUGUUCAGUGAUAUGAACUUUAAAAAAAAGUUCUGUUUCCAGAUGCUUGGCUUUAUCUCUGAAGUCAGAGGUACUUAAGCCAAUAUAAAAUAUAUGCUAGAAAAAUCACAAAAUCCUAUCCUCAUUCAGCCACAGAAUUCUAAUUCAGUUAUUUUUCAGUCAAUGAU